CAUAGUCCAUUGCAUAUUUCCUCUCUUGUAAAGGACAAUAGCUUGCUUGAGACAAGCAAUAAACCUGAUGAAAAAUUGAUAACAACAAACUUCAGAAAACUUAACCUCUUCGUUGGGGAAGCAGAGAGAAAAAAUGUCACAGAAAAGUAAACUCGUAAAUGACAAUGGAUCAAUUUCUUUAAACAACAUGGAGUUAACACAGAAUGGCGAAGUGAAUGAAGGGCUGGACGUCAAAUAUGAAGAAAGGCAAAGAAAACUGACUCGUAUCUCAAUGGGCUCCGAUUCAGAGGAACCAAAAUCAAAUGAAUUGGAAGAGCUCGAGGAGGAUAAUGAUGUGUAUAAAUCCAAAGCACAAAAGUUGAACGAAGCUGUCAUGACAGGAAACGUUGAUGCUCUGUCAAGAUUACUGGAGCAAAAAAGUAUAGAUGUUAAUAUGCCAGACAGUUACGGGAGAGCUCCGCUCCACAACGCCAUUCUUAGAAGCGAUGUCAGGAUGGUGGAGAUGCUGUUGGAAGCAAAUGCAGACAUUAACUUGAAGGACGACAGAGAAGAUACCCCAAUGCACUUUGCAGCAAGGAGUGGAAAUACCAAAAUGAUUAAGGUCCUUCUGUCGCACCCAGAAUGUGACGUUAAUGUUAAAGGCAGCAGCCUCAAUUCUCCACUUCACCUCGCCGCUUGUCAGAAUAGACCUGCUCUUUGCAAACUGUUGGUCGAGCGAGGAGCUAAAAUCAACUCUCAAGAGGAGAAUGGAAAAACGCCGCUGGGUCGAGCUGUUGAGACCGGCGCUAACGAAUCAGCACAAUAUUUACUUCAAUACAUGACCAAUGAAGGUAUGGAUAUCAUGGAGCAAUUGUACGAUGCUGAUUACGAUGGAACAACGCUGUUGCAUUUGGCGGUCGACAGUGGUUUUCUUGAGGUCGUGAAACUAUGCGUGGAAUAUGGAGCAAUUAUAAGACAGCCAAGGAGAAAAGACCGUAUGACAGCCUUUCACUUGGCCUGUGAACAAGGCUCUGUAAAUAUCGUUAAGUUUCUUGUUGAAAAAGAUAACACAAUAGCUAAAAUAUUGCUGGUGGAUUCUGAGUGGACUACACCCCUGCACAAGACGGCCAGGAGCAACAGCCAUGGAAUAGCAGAAAUUCUCAUCGAUAAUGGCGCUGAAAUAAACGCCCGUGAUAUAAACAACUCAACUCCUUUGAUGGCUGCCGCCAAAACUGGUGCCACUGAGACUGUCCAGCUGUUGAUGGUCAAAGGAGCCGAUCCAACGGUUAAAGAUGUGGACGGAAAGACAGCAGUAUUCAACGGCAUUGGCCAUAGUAAAAUAACAGAAAUUUUAUUACAGGACCCUGUGUUGGCUCCUUUGCUGACAGAGAAAGAUAAUUCAGGGCACACAGUAGCUCAUUAUGCAGCCAUGAAAAAUGAUGUUAAGAGCAUGGCGUUGUUCUUGAAACAUAACAAAGCAGUGGCGAGUGUUACUUCAGACUCACUGGACACACCCCUACAUGUGGCUGCACAAUAUGGUAAUCAUGAAGUUAUCCGUGUGUUGAUUGAGAAACAAGCAGGAAAGCUGAUCAACGCACAGAAUAACCGCUCUAGAACAGCGCUUCACUUAGCAUGCCGUGGGGGACACUACAGGGCAGCCAUGUUGCUAUUGCAAAAUUCUGCAGGCGUCGAAAAAGAUCAAAGUGGAAGAACACCUCUACACGAAGCGGCCAAAAAUGGCGCCAAAAAAGUGGUUGAGAUGAUCGUAGAAAAGCACAUUCACUGCUUGAACUACGUUGACGAGGAUAAGAAUACUGCUCUUCAUUUGGCAGUUAUUCAUUGUCGAGCACCAAUCAUAUCGUUCCUUCUUUCAUUACCUCGUCAAGAAAUAUUGAAAAAUUCAUCAAAUCAAAACAUUCUUGACGCUGCCAUGUGCAUAGAAAACCCGAUAGGAGCCAUGACCAUAGCAGAACACCCGAGGUGGAGAGAGGUCUUAGAGUCAUGUACGACAGGUGUCCAUAAGAUAUUUAAACUCAUGGUCACAAAAAUGCCUGACGUAGCUGAGCGACUUCUGGAUAACUGCAUUGAAACUGAAGGAGAUAAGAGUAAUCAAGAAUACAAGAUAAGAUACGACUUGGGUAUCCUGUUACGUAAGCGCGAUCCCAACGAUAAGUCAUCAUUAGAGAUCCUACAGCAUAUUGCCGAUAACCGAUGUGAAAAAUGUUUAACACACCGAGUCAGUUUUAUCGCACUGUGUGAAAAAUGGAAUUCCUAUGGUUGGAUAGCGUUUCUUCUCAACAUCUGUUGCGUCCUAAUCUACCUCAUACCAAUGACUGUGUUCCACAGUUUUCUCAAAAAUAACGACGAAACGUAUUGUUCUGACCGCAUCAACUACACUGCAUCAGGCUCCAUCGUAUAUCUGGAUGUCCAGACAUGUGUAAGACGUCACAUGGAUAUGCAAAUUUACCAAAUAGUAUUGGUGGUGGUUAUUGUCGUGCUGCAUCUCACAGUCACAUUGUUCCGCAUGUAUAGACAGAAACUUGCCUGGUUAACGUCUCCGACUAACAUCAUCGAACUGGUGGCGUAUCUCGCUGCUUUAAUUUCUUUGCUUCCGACCUGUGAGUGUAAAUGGGGAAUUCAGAAGGAAGCAGCGGCCACUGGAUUAUUCUUUGGCUGGAUUAACUUGAUUAUGUACUUGCAGAGGAACCAUUCAAUGAUCUGAGCACCACAAUGAUGAACAUGUUCAUAAUGACCCUUGGAGAGAUCAACUACGUGGACGUCUUCAUGCCAUGGAACAAGUUAUAUUACCCUUUCCUGGCCAACCUUGUCGUAGUGAUGUUUUGUUUGACCAUGCCUAUCAUCUUAAUGAACAUGUUGGUUGGUCUGUCUGUUGGAGAUAUUGACAAGAUUGAACAAACGGCUUUGAUUGAUCGGUAUGUUUUACAGGUAACUCUUUUAAACAGCAUCGAAAAUUCUCUUCCUUCUUGGGUCUUGAAGCGAAUUCAGAAGAAAGUUGUUACCAUUUAUCCCAACAAACGACCAUUUCGUUCAGUAAUAUUUGAUGCUUUGAUUGGGUUUGGUAAAGUGGAAGAAAUUGAAGAGGAAAAAAAUGAAGAGGUGGAAGAUUUAGCCGACUCAGUGAAAGAAUUACAUUACAAGGUAGAAGAACAUGCGCAAACAAUGGAUGAAAUGAAAGUCAUGCUCAAAGAGAUGUUGGACAUGAUGAAACAAGUAGAGCUGGAGAAGAAGGUCAAGGUGAAACGGGAAUCCAUUGCCGUGCCGGCCUUAUCUAUUUCAGGUUUAACAGGUUCACUUGGUUCUGCCUUUUCUUUUGGAUUGGGCGGAACAAAGAAGACUGAAGCUGAAGAUACGAAGGCCUAACUUUGUACCACUCCCCGCCUCUAGUGGACCUAAGGAAUGCGCUUGAAAUCACCAGACAUUUACGGCCAUACUUUUUCACACCCUCUGGGAACAAAUCGGUAUGAAUGGAGAAGUGAAAGUGGAGAGAAUAAGGAAGGAUGCCUAACUUAACUUAACAUUACUGCCUAAUAGUAGCACACACGAGGAAAAGAGGAAAGAGAUCGUUUACAGAAAUACUUUUUCUGGUCUCGGGAAAUCGGUUUGAAUGGGGGAAGCCGUGGAAGUAAARGGAAAGGGAAAGGGUCGGGAGGGAAGAAAUGCGAGACUACGAAAUAUAUAUAAGCAAUAUGCCGAGCUAUUUUWAAAAAAUGAUGAAUAUUGAAUAUUGCAUACUGAAUAGUGCAUUCAAAGACCGAAAGGCAUUGUGGGUCUCGUUAAUUUGAAAUAAAAAGUAAAUAUGUUUCGAAUGGAAUUCACUGAAAGCAAAAUAAAUAACUGAUUACAUAUUUUACUUUAAACACUGUAUUUGAGAAUAUAUAUAGGCUAUAUAUUUGUACKGUAAUUAAGCUGAUCUGCGCAGUAUAUCAAGCAACUUAUGCAGAUGCUAAUUAUAGACACUAUUACACAACACCCAAAAUGCACUUCGGUCUUGAAAUACGCUAUUAAGUAUGUAGUACUCAGUAUUCGACGUGUUUUGAAAUAGCUGUAUAUAGCAUUAUUGUGAUAUAAACACGGUGGUAGCUGUGCAGCAAACGAGAAGCAAGCUUAGGAACACGAAGGAAUAUYCCAGAAUAUUAUCUUGCGUUUCGAGUGCCUUGCAGCUUUUCUCUGAAUGGGUAAAUCUAGGCAAUCAGCGCGCACGUUAUAUCGUCAAACAUUUCAUCAUAAUAACCCUAAUAUAUAGUAUUAGAGUUACACUCACGUAUGAUAACCAAGAGCUUCAUCCAUUAAUCAUUAUUAUUAAUCCCAAUACAUACUUGCAAUAUAAAUGCAAAUAGCGUAAUAUAAAAGUUGGCAUUAAUACACAUGUUUUAUGCUAGGUUUCUCAUUGUUUUUUCCAUUUUUAUUUUGUACUUUUGCAUACUUUAGUUAAACAUUAGGAGGUAUUUUGUUUCAUAUUUACAAGGGCCUCAGCUUCCACAUAUCACGUACGGUAUAUCCAAUUGCGCAUGCUAGAGUGCACAGUGUUUGUGUACAUUUUCUAUUUUUAAAUUUUCGCCACUAAAAAAAUCACGAUAUUCUGCUCAACCUCGUCCAAUAAAUGCUUAUUAUUAUA